UAUUUUAGUGUCAUUGAAAUAGAAACUAUAAAAAAGCGUUUGAUUUCACAAAUCAUUUUUAAGCGAAAGUUUUAUAGUUUUUAAAUCAAUCAAAAAUGAAAGGUUUAUAUUUAUGGCUCGUUUUGUGGGCUAUUGUUAUGUCAAUUCAAGUGAGCGCUCAGUUGUACUUUAGAGGAGGUGGUGGUUGGGGUGGUCCCAGUUAUAAUAGUCGUGACGGACAGGGAUACAGUGGAAAUGGAGGAAUUGGUUUACGACAAACAGGUGCCACUCUCGGCAAUGUAUUGGGUGGAGGCUAUGGAGGAGGACUAAGAGUUAUAGCUCCCGCACCCCGUGGAGGUUAUUGGGGCUAAUUUGAUGGUUAGUUUAUAUUAUAUUACAAAACUGCUAAAGAAAACUGCCAAAAGUAAAUUGUGUUAUUUUGAUUCAUCAAAAUAUUCAUU